AUGGACCGCUUCCAACUCUCGCGAAGCAGCACUGCUUCUGCCUCCUUCUCGAUCUUUUCGUCUCCCUUCCAGCAAGCCUCGUCGGCUUCAGCUUCUCCCUCUAGUACUUCUCCCGGCCUCGAGCACAAGGUAUUCGACAUUGGUGCCCAGACACCUCCUCAGGACAAGAUCGAGAUCGUCAUCAGCUCGACUAUAAAUCCAGAGAUUUCGAUCACUCUCUCUUUGAAGAGUAACGGUUUCCUUGAUCGAAAUGUUCUCGACAACAUCAGGCACCAAUUCACAAGCCAUUUGCAGCGUCUCGAUGCUACGUUGCCAGACGAAGAGUCGGCUUCCGGUGCCGUCCUUCUUCACGCCCGUCUUCUCCUCUUCCUCUCUCAGGACUUCCCCGCUGUUGGCGAAUACGAGCGACAUGCUCAUUUGAGCUUUCUUGAGGCCGCAUGGAACAGUUACAACAACGACCUGCUCGGAGGAGUCGACGCCCACACUCUUUCCCAAGCAUUCGCACCCGAAACCAGAUCCUUCCUUCUCCGUGCCUACUUUGAAUCCUACGCCGCUCUUCGACAAGCCGAGGUGCAAGUCUCGCCUCCCACACCCUUGCUCUUGCAACACGCUCACCAGGGGCAGGCUGGCCUCUACGCUGUAUUCGGUGGACAGGGCAACAAUCAUGGCUACUUUGACGAGCUGCAAACGCUUUUCGACACGUACCGCCCUUUCGUCGAGCCUCUUGUGGCUGCCGUUGAAGCUCGUCUCUGCCAGCUACUCUCGGCCAUCGAAGCCGAGCGAUCCGGUCCUUAUUCUUUCCACGAUCAAGGUCUCAACCUGCUCGCUUGGCUCACGCACCAGGCUGAACGUCCGUCCGAAGCCUACCUUGCCAGCGUUCCCAUCAGUGCACCUCUGCUCAGCCUCACUCAGAUGAUUCAGUUCUUCGUCUCGUCCAAGUGCGUCGGUAUGACUGUGCCCGAAUUUCGCAACCACUUUCAAGCAGUCAGCGGUCACAGCCAGGGUAUCGUCUCCGCAACCGCCAUGGCACUGGCAAAGGAUGAUGCUCACUACGUCCAGUCUGUCGUCCUCGCAUCCGAGCUUCUCUUCCAGGUCGGUCUCACUAGUCAACUUUGCUAUGGGGAUAAGAGCGUCGAUAGCAAGACAUCGCAAGAGUCCGUUGAGGCCGGCUUUGGUCCGCCAACACCCAUGCUCGUCGUCAAUGGAGCGAGACGGUCCCUUCUUGAUUCCAAGCUCGCCACGUUCAACCGUGUUGUUCCUGGUCACCGCCAAGUUCACGUCGCGCUUGUCAACGCUCCUACAACCACGGUGCUUGCUGGGCAUCCUUCCGACCUGUUGAGCUUUGCUCGUGAUCUGUCGGCCAUCUCUGCCUCCUCGAAACUCGACCAAUCUAGAGUCGCCUUCUCGAAGCGCAAGCCCUCGAUCCGCUUCAAGUUCUUGCCCAUCAACCUUCCUUAUCACUCGCCUCUGCUUGCCGACGUCAAGUACGAAGAUGUCGUCGCUCCUAUCGAUGUCAACCAGUGGGAGGGUCGCGACCUUGCUCUUCCGGUCUAUAGCACCACGGACGGAAGCAACUUGCAGCAGACCCCUUCUGGAGGGCUGCUCGCUAGUCUCUGUGCUCAAAUGUGCACCGACCCUGUCGACUGGACCAAAGCUGUCCGUCCUCUGCCCUCUACAACUCAUCUGAUCGACUUUGGCACCGGCGCUGCCUUUGGUAUCGGCAACAUCACCGGUCGUAACCUCCGUGGUUGCGGACUCCGCACCCUCACCGUCUCUGGAACGCACAAGGAGAGCACCGAGUUCUACCGACUCGAUGCGAUCUCUUAUGCUCAACCUUGGGCUUCCCAAUACCAGCCGCGCUUGCUUCGUACGCCCGCGGGCAGGAUCAUGCUCGACACGCCCAUGUCGAGGCUCCUCGGCAAGCCUCCCGUCAUGGUGGCCGGUAUGACCCCUACUACCGUCCAGGCUUCCCUCAACGCUGCCACCGUGCAAGCUGGCUUUCACAUCGAGUUGGCGGGAGGUGGACUUCACGAUGAGACCAAGCUUCGUCGACGCGUUGAUGAGAUCCUCAAGCAAGCUCCUUCUGCUUCCGGUCUUACUCUCAACUCGCUCUACAUCAACCCGCGACAGUGGAGCUUCCAGCUUCCAGCUUGGCUUCAGCUCAGUCGUGAAGGUGCACCUAUCGACGGCAUGUGUGUCGCUGCUGGCAUUCCCUCGCCCGACAAGGCUCAAGAGCUCUUGACUUCGCUCAAGCAGGCUGGUCUUCGCCAUGUUUCCUUCAAGCCUGGCAGUCUAGAUGGUAUCAAGCAGGUCUGCAAGAUCGCUCAGCAGAAUCCUAACUUUGCCAUCAUGCUUCAAUGGACGGGCGGACGUGCCGGUGGGCAUCACAGCGCCGAGGAUUUCCACGAUCCUAUCGUGCAGUCGUACGACUUGAUUAGAGCUUGCCCCAAUCUCGUCCUUGUCGCAGGUUCCGGCUUCACCUCCGCGGACUCCUUCUGGCCUUACCUCUCUGGCGAGUGGUCUGUUGAGCGUGGCUUGCCUCCCAUGCCGUUCGACGGUCUCCUUUUCGGCAGCUGGGCCAUGACUGCCAAGGAGGCGUCCACUUCACUUGCCGUCAAGCAGCUCAUUGCCUCCACCGAGGGAUGUGGCGACAAAGACUGGCAAAAGACCUACGACGGUCCUAUCGGCGGUGUCAUGACUGUCCUCAGCGAGAUGGGAGAACUUGUUCACCAGGUAGCCAACCGCGCCACACUCCUCUGGUCAGAACUCGAUCGUGAUCUCUUCAAGCUGUCCAAGGACAAGCAGCUUUCCUACCUGAGCAAGAACAAGACCAAGCUCGUUCAGCGCCUCAACAGCGACUUCCAACGUGUUUGGUUCCCGUGCAACGCCACAGGUGAGGUUCUUGACGACGUGCUUGACAUGACCUACGCCGACAUCGCAAGCCGCAUGCUUUCGCUCAUGUUUGUCGCUUCGCAGUCUCGCUGGAUCGACACUGGCUAUCGCAAUUUGCUUGGCGACUGGUGCCGUCGUAUCGAAGAACGCUUCUCCGGGGCUCCCAAGUCCAACUAUAAGCUGCAAUCGUACUCUCAGCUAGACAAAGCUCCCGAGCAGGAGCUGGACAGCCUCAUCGAUCGCUAUGCGGACAGUAAGACUACGCUGCUCACGGGUGAGGAUGCCGAGUACUUCCAUGCCAUCUGCUGGCGUCGUGGUCAAAAACCGCCCCCUUUCAUCACGCGUCUUGGCGAGGACUUUGCCCAUCAGUUCAAGAAGGACUCGCUCUGGCAGUCGGAGGAUCUGGAUGCAGUCGUUGAUGCUGACCCUCAGCGAGUUUGUAUCCUUCACGGUCCUGUUGCCGCCUCGAACACUGCUCCCGUCGACCAGCCCAUCGCUGAGAUGCUCGGCGGUGUCGAGCAGGGUCUCAUCCACCAUGUUCUUGACCGAUUCUACGGUGGUGAUGUCAGCAAGGUCCCCGUUGCUGAGUACCUGGACUCGAGCGCCACCAACAUCUCUACCACUGAGAAGCAAGUUGAGUCGCCUUUCCGCUCAGUGCCAUCGACGUUCCAUGUCCGUUCGGAUGAACGCGUCGCCGUAUUCCAGGUCACACCGGCUGCGAUGCAGAAUCAGGCUGCAUUCCUCGAGGCUAUCACUGGCACGCAACCCAGCUGGAUCCGGGCUCUGCUCCGGAGCGCUCGUGUCAGUCUGGGAGGUCAACUGCGACCCAACACUCUGCUGCGACUGCUCUCGAUUCGAGAGGGCCAGCUGUUCCAGAUCCAAAAAUCCUCUGAUGGCACUCAAGUGGAACGAUUGCAGGUGUACGGCGGUCAUCGCAGCUACGGGUCGAAUUCUUCUGAUUUCCUCGCUGUCGACAUUGUUCGUCGCGGCAGUCUGGAGGAUGGGUCAGGCGCCAAAAUCGAAGUUUCCGUCUACGAGGAGCGCUGUGGCGAAAAGGUACCCCUCCAGCUCCGGUUUCGCUACACUCCAGCUACAAGCUAUGCUCUCAUCCACGAAGAGGAGCAAGGACGCAACGAGCGGAUCCGAAGCUUCUACUGGAAGCUCUGGUUUGGCGAGGAUAUGCCCGAUGUGACCAAGCUCGAAGAUCCUCGCCGCUUCGUGAGCCAUCCUCGUCCUGUAACUUUAGCUCAGAAACAGGAUGGCGGUGCCGUGCCCGUCGACCCAACCAUCCUCGUCGCUUGGGAAGCCAUCAUGAAGGCAGCCAUCAGCAGCUGCAACGCAGACCUCUUGUCGCUCGUUCACCUUGGUCAUGAAUAUCAGACGGUCCCUGGAUCCCGCCCUAUCGCCGAAGGCGAUAUCUGCUCCGUCACGGCACGAGCUUCUGGCAUCACCAACACCGAAACGGGCAAGAUCCUCACCAUCAAGGCCGUCAUCCUUCGUGAGGAGGCCCAAGACUCCCAAGCUGUUCCCAUCGUCGAAGCCACCUCUCGCUUCUUCUUCAAGGGCAAGUAUUCGGACUUUGAUCAGUGCUUCUCGGAUUCGCGCUUUGAAUAUGCUCUCCGCCUUGAGGAUGACGCAGCCGUGCACGUGCUGAAGUCUAAGGAUUGGAUCGAUCUCCAUCAACCCUGCGAGCACGUCAAGGCGGGCAACACGCUCAUCUUCAGGGGCAAAUCGAUCGUUCCUGGCUACAAAAACGUUCAAGAGAUGCUCGAUCUUCGUGUCGAGGCCACUGUCUUUGUCAAGCUCGGUGGCGAGGAGAUUCAGAUCGGCAGCGCUGAGUUCGACGCGGAUGCUCCUCUCUCGACCGACCCUGUCGUCGCCUACCUGGAGAGGAACGGAACCAAGCUUCCUGGUGCGGAUGGUGAUAACACUUCACCCUUGCACUCCACUUACAUGCUUGCCGAAGGUGUUCUCUCCACGCCCGAGACCAAUGAGCCUUAUUCGCGUGCCUCUGCCGACUUUAACCCGAUUCACAUCAACCCUUACUUCGCGGAUCUCGCUGGUCUUCCAGCCACUAUCGGUCACGGCAUGUCGACUUUUGCUGAGUGUCAAAAGUGGAUGGACAAGGCCAUUGGCUCGCGUGAGACCAAGAGCGGCAAAGCCAUUCAGCGCUGCACCGCCUUCCAGGCCAACUUCACUUCGAUGGUGAUCCCCGGCGACGAGCUCAAGGUUGAGCUCCGUCACAAAGGCAUGGUCCAUGGUCAAAUGGUUGUCCAGGUCGACAUCAUCAAUCAGCGCGAUGAGCUUGUUCUGCAAGGUACGGCUCGCUACCAUCAGCCCCAGACGGUCUACGUCUUCACUGGCCAGGGUUCGCAGACCAAGGGCAUGGGGAUGGACCUCUACCAGUCAAGCCCCGUUGCUCGAGCCAUCUGGGACGAGGCUGAGCAGCACCUCGCUCACCGCCUUGGCCUCAGCAUUCUCGAGAUUGUCCGAGAGAACCCUCAGUCCAAGACGAUUCACUUUGGUGGCGCCGGAGGUCAGCGAAUUCGCAGCAACUACAUGGCUCUUCAGCACGAGACCAUUGACGAACAAGGUCGUUCUGUCCGCAAGCCCAUCUUCCCUUCGAUACACGCCGGCUCGCGCUCGUACACCUUUGAUUCGCCAAAAGGUCUUUUGUUUGCCACUCAGUUUACACAAAUCGCCCUGGUGCUCUUCGAGCUGGCCUACUUCCGUCACUUACAGCAAGACGGAUUGAUCGUUGAGGAUGCCGUCUAUGCUGGUCACUCGCUCGGCGAAUACGCCGCACUUGCCUCAGUGGCUGGUAUGAUGCGGCUGCGAGACCUCGUCGAUGUUGUCUUCUUCAGAGGAUUGACCAUGCAGAACGCAGUGCCGCGCAUCAACGGACGUUCGCAGUACAGCAUGGUGGCCGUGGCUCCGAUCAAGGCUUUGUCGAAUGCGUCUGACGUCGAUGCUGCGCUAGCUCACGUGGUUGACCGCAUCUCUGAGGCCAGUGGCGAGCUUCUCCAGACCGUCAACUUCAACGUCACAAAGCAGCAGAGCGUCGUUGCCGGACACGAGGUUGCGCUGGCUGCUCUUUGCACCGUUCUGGACAAGUUCGGCAGCAAGAAGCUCUCGAUCUCUGACGAGGCCGGUGUUGCCACCGCCAUCGACGGCGCGGUAGCCAGCGCCUUACAUUCGGCAAAGACCUCCCGGAUCGAGCUCAAGCGUGGCAUUGCGACUAUUCCGCUGGCCGGCAUUGAUGUACCGUUCCACUCGAGGUUCCUCAGCAAUGGAAUCGGUCCGUUUCGUCGCUUCCUCGACUCACGUCUCGACAUCGAAACCGUCAACCCCCAAGCUCUCGUCAACCGGUACAUCCCCAACUUGGUCGCCAAGCCCUUUUCGCUGGAGCGAAGCUACAUCGAGCACGUGUCCGCAGCUACGGGGUCCGAGGUGCUUGCUCAGAUCCUUGCCAACUGGCAACAAGCUUGCCAGGAUCAGCGACGCCUUGCUAGGUCGCUCGUCAUUGAGCUGCUGGCCUACCAGUUCGCUUCGCCUGUCCGCUGGAGUCAAACUCAGGCUCUGCUCUUCGAAGAGACCCGCUUUGAGCGCCUGAUCGAGUUCGGCCCUACUCCUACACUCGUCGGCAUGGCCAGUAGGACGCUGACGGCUGAGUUUGCCCAUACUGACCGCAUCUUAGGCCUCAAGAGGAGCCUUCUCUGCGUUGGGAAGAACGAUGCCGACAUCACCUACGACCUCGGCGCUGACGAGUCCGAAGCCGAAGCUCCAAAGGAGGCAGCCAUCGAGACGGUCGCUCCCACUCCAGCGGCACAACCAGUCACAGCUGCCCCGCCUGCCCCGUCUAGCCCAGCUGCGUCGUCGCUUCCAGAUGAGGCACUGGACGCUCUUCUCACGCUCCGUGCCAUCGUGGCUCAGAAGCAGAAGGCCAAGGUUGCUGACGUUCCGUCCGCCAAAUCCAUCAAGCAACUGACAGGAGGUCGUUCGACGCUUCAGAACGAACUGGUCGGCGACCUGGGUGCCGAGUUUGUCGAUCUUCCCGAGCGUGCCGAAGAGAUGACCUUGGCAGAGCUGGCAGCUGCUCUCCAACCUGGUUACAAUGGCGUUCUUGGAAAGUACACCAACGGCCUGAUUUCGCGUCUAGUCUCCACCAGGAUGCCCGGUUCUUUUGGUCUCUCUGCUCUCAAGGCUCACCUCACCGCUCGAUACGGUUUCCAGAGCGGACGCAUCAACGCCAUCUUGCUCUAUGCCAUAACUGAAGAACCAGCAAAGCGUCUUGCGGGAGAGGAUGAAGCCACAGCCUGGCUCGAGGAGGUAGCUGGUGUCUACGCCAAGGACGUUGCCAUCACGCUUCCAGCACCUGGUGGGUCUUCUGGCGGUGCUGAUGGAGGUACCAGGGCUGUGGCCGUUGUCAGCAGCAAGGAACUGACCGAGCUCCAGGCAAAGCAGAAUGCCUUGUCCGAGAAGCAGAUCCAGCUUCUGUCUGAGCACCUCGGCAUCGAUGUAGAUGCAAGCAUGGCUCAGGUCGCUGCCAUUUCGACCGAGUCCGAGACGCUCCGCAGCGCUCUCGAAGCUGUCUCUGCUGAGCACGGCGAGACCUACGUCAAAGGUAUUCAGGGCAUCUUUGCGGAAGCCCAAGCGAGGAAUUUCAAGAGCUACUGGAACUGGUCGCGUCAGAACCUCGAGGAGCUCUUUGCCCAAAUGCUCAGCAGCGACUACAACAACGAUCGUGCCCUUGGCGCUCAGAUUGUCGCUGUGUGGAACCAGCUGGAUAAUGCCAACAUUCUUCAGCAGCAGCUCGAUCAGCUGGCUCAUUCCAAGACGCCCGGAAGCGAUAAGAUCAUUUCGCUCUUCCAAGGCCUUCUCGACAAAGCUGAGAGCGGCGCACUUAGCAUGCCGCCUCGUUGCAUUGACCUCUCGGAGCCCGUUCGACCUCACACCUCUCUAGACUCGCGUGGAAACAUUGUUUACAGGCAGGUGCCCCGUGAAGGCCUGGCUACAAUGCUUGACUACGUCAAGAGCAUGGCAUCUGGUGGCGAGUACAAGGCUGAGAACAGCCCGCUCGAACCUCGGGAUGUUACGGCAAAGGUCCAAGAAAUAGUUAGCAAGCUCUCGUCCUCGAACAAAGUGGAGCCGGAAAAGGUGAACAUCGGCAGUCGAGCCUGGCUCUGGGCUGGCAAGAAGGAGGGUGACACCUGGAUCCGCGACAAUGACUUGACUGAUAUCUACUAUCGUGGUCUUUCCAAGCUUGCUGGCCAAGGUAGCAGCUAUGCCGGUCUCGAUGUGCUCCUCACCGGUGUCGGUCAGGGCUCGAUCGGCUUCGAAGUCAUGCGCCGUUUCCUCAACGGAGGCGCCAGAGUCAUCAUCACCACCUCGACCUUCUCGCCCAAGAAGCUGAAGGUCUAUCAGGAUGUCUAUCGCCGUGAUGGAGCACGAGGUGCCCAGCUGAUCGUCCUCCCCUUCAACCAAGGUAGCAACAAGGAUACUCAGGCUUUGGUCAAGUACGUCUACACCACGCUCAACAUAGAUCUCGAUGUUCUCGUUCCCUUCGCCGCCAUCUCCGAGAAUGGACGCAACAUCGAUGGCAUCGACGACAAGAGCGAGCUGGCUCAUCGCAUCAUGCUAACCAACGUCAUCCGCCUCAUGGGCUGUAUCAAGACGAUCAAGGCUCAGAAGGGCUUCCUCCACCGUCCUACUCAGGUCCUCCUUCCGCUCUCGUUUAACCACGGCGUGCUCGGCAGUGACGGUCUCUAUGGAUCGAGCAAGCUUGGACUCGAGACCCUGCUCAACACUUUCGAGAGCGAGGACUGGUCUAGCUACCUCUCUGUAGCUGGUGCUCGCAUCGGUAUGUGCCGAGGCACGGAUCUGAUGGCUACCUCGGACAUCGUUGCCGAGUCGCUCGAGAAGCAGUUCGGCUGCCGCACGUUCAGCACGGCCGAGAUGGCCUUCAACUUGAUGGGUCUGGUCGAACCAGAGUUUGUCUUUGUCAACCAGCUCCGACCCAUUCUCUUGGACUUGACCGGCAAUGCUUCGUCGAUCCAAUCUCCCGGGAAAGCUAUGCGGCAGGCACACCAGGUCUGGCAGCGCCAAGCAGACAUCAAGAAGGCGCUCCUCGCCGAGAACCGUCUCAACUUCAAAGCUACCUCGCCUGCCCGUCUCUCGGAGGACCACUAUCGCCGUGCCGAGAUCGAGCCUCGCGGCUUGCACCGAUUCCCCUACCCCGAGCUCGAUUCCAAGGAAACCUGCGAGCGUAUCGUCAAGGGGAGCUCUCCGGUCGAUCUUGACCAGAUCAUUGUAAUUUCCGGUUUCGCCGAGGUCGGCCCUUGGGGCUCGUCGAGGACGCGCUGGGAGCGCGAGAUCAGCGAGACGUGGACCUUGGAAGGACUGGUCGAGAUGGCUUGGCUCACUGGUCACAUCAAGCACGUCAAUGGCCGUCUCGGUGACGGUCGAAGCUACAUUGGCUGGAUCGAUGCGAAGACUGGCGAGCCGGUGCCAGAGUCGCAGAUGCGGGCUCGCUACGCUCGUCAGAUUGAACAGCACGCCGGUAUCCGACUGGUCGAGCCUGAGCUCAUGCACGGUUUCGAUCCCGAAUGUAAGGUCAUUCAGCAAGAGGUUGUGCUCACCAACGACCUUGGUCCUCUGGAAGUGUCGGCGACCGAGGCUGAGCGCUUUCGCCUUGCUCACGGAGAUCGCGCUACGAUCUGGCAGGAUGACGCCACCAAGUCGUGGCACCUGAAGCUCAAGAAGGGGGCCAGCAUCUUUGUGCCCAAGGCGAGUCGCUUCGACAGACACGUCGCUGGCCAGCUUCCCACCGGAUGGGAUCCGGCUCGAUACGGUAUCCCGAACGACAUUGUGGCGCAGACCGACGAAACUGCCCUCUACGCUUUGGUCUGCAUUGCCGAGGCACUGGUCGAAUCCGGCAUCGAUGACCCUUAUGAGCUGUACAAGCAUGUUCAUGUAUCCGAGGUUGGUACUUCGCUUGGCUCUGCCAUGGGUGGUCUUCACUCGCUCGCCAAGAUGUUCAAGGAUCGUAGACAGGACGUUGACGUUCAGAAGGACAUUCUGCAAGAGACCUUCAUCAACACAGUUGCCGGAUGGACCAACUUGCUGCUUCUAUCGUCGUGCGGUCCCAUCAAGCCCACCGUUGGUGCUUGCGCUACCGCACUCCAGUCGCUCGACGUGGCCGCCGAGACGAUCCGGUGCGGCAAAGCAAAGAUCAUGAUCGCCGGUGGAUACGAAAGCAUCUCGGAGGAGAGCAUGACCGAGUUCGCCAACAUGAAGGCGACUGCUUCUUCGGAUGCCGCAAUGGCUGCAGGGUUAGCGCCAGAAGAAAUGUCCAAGCCUAUGACCAGCGGACGCAGCGGCUUCGUCGAGUCUCAGGGUUGCGGUGUCCAGAUCGUCAUGAGCGCUGCCACCGCCAUCAAGAUCGGCGCUCCUAUCAAUGGUGUCGUUGCCUUCACUCAGACGGCCACCGACCGACAGGGACGAUCGAUCCCCGCUCCUGGUCGAGGUGUCCUUGCUGCCACUGUUCCGCUCAAGCGCGCCAUGGCCAGCUGGGGUCUUGACGGCAAUGAUGUCGGUGUCGUCUCGAUGCACGGUACCUCGACCAAGGCCAACGACAAGAACGAGUCGAACGUCUAUCACACCAUGCUCGGCAAGCUUGGUCGCGCCGAUGGCCGUGCCGUUCCUGCUAUGGCACAGAAGUGGCUCUGCGGUCACGGCAAGGGAGGAGCCGCCGCCUGGGCGAUUAACGGCCUUAUGCAGAGCAUCAACAGUGGCAUUGUUGCCGGCAACCGCAACGCCGACGACAUUGCGGACGAGCUGCGUGCCUAUAAUCGCCUCAUGUUCCCCUGCCGUUCGAUUCAGUAUCCACGCGAACGCCUCCACGCCGGUCUCGUCACCUCUUUCGGAUUCGGCCAAGUGGGUGGCAUCGCAAUGAUCCUCCACGCUUCACACCUGCUCGGCAGGCUCGCGCCAGAGCAGCUUGAAGCUUACGUCGCAAAGCGCGAGAAGAGACAGCAGAUCACAUUCCGCCGAAUGCACUCGCUCCUCAUCAACGGAGACCUCGUCCGCAUCAAGGACGACGCUCCAUAUGCUCAGGCGGACGAGGCAGAGGUGCUUCUCGACAUUGAGUCUCGCGCCGAGCUCCAGAGCGACGGAAGCUAUCGCAUUCCUCGCGCAGUCAAGUCUCUUGCUUAG